AUGGCAACAACUAUUGACCUGACACAUGAAGGUACAGUUUUGGUGGCCAUGGAGUCAACAGCGUAUGAUCCUCACCACACUGCAUUACCAGAACUUUCUGGCCUUUCUUCCAUCACUUCACAGAACGAGUCUGUUGAUGGAUGUGAGCAGCAGCUUCGGGUUUUCCUCCGAGUUCGUCCUUUCAGUAAGGAGGAGCUCAACAAUAAUGAGGACCAGGGUUGUGUAGUGUUGGAGAGUACAGAAACUGCCACACUUCAUGCCCCUAAAGGUUCUGCCACCAUGAAGUGCAGUGAAAAAGGCAUUGGACAACAGGUGCACAAGUUCACCUUCACCAAGAUUUUUGGGCCGGAGUCGACUCAAGCGGAGUUCUUUGACGGAACGAUCAGGUUGCAAGUGCAGGACUUUCUGCACGGCAAAAACACACUGGUGUUCAGCUAUGGAGUAACCAAUGCUGGGAAGACGCACACCAUACAAGGCUCUCCAAAAGACCCGGGUAUUUUGCCUCGUGCCCUUGACACGGUGUUCAGGCACAUCAAUGGGCGGCUGUAUGAGCAGAUGGACCUGAGGCCUUACCUGAACUCGGAUGUGCAGAAACUGGACCCUGAUCAGGUCAGAAUGGAGAAAUCUGCCAAGACUGCGCUCUUCAGUAUGCUGAAAGAGGACCCUGAGUCCACCAGAACCAGCAGAAGUCGGAGCUCCUCCUCGUCUUCCACCAACAGCCUCUCUUUCUCUGGAGUUUCUUAUGAUCAGACCGUGGACAGCGCAGAGGGAGCUGUGGACGAUGUGCAGUGUGUCUAUUCGCUGUGGGUUGCUUACUAUGAGAUCUACAACGAGCAAGUGUAUGACCUGCUGCAGCCUGCACUCUCUAACAGAUCGAAGAGGCGUGCUGCAUUGCGUUUGUGUGAGGACAGUGCUGGAAAUUCCUACGUUAGAGAUCUGAGAUGGGUUAAUAUACAGAGCACAGAAGAGGCAUCUAAAGUGUUACGAGUAGGAAACAAGAAUCGCAGUGCUGCUGCCACCAAAAUGAACCAGUCCUCCAGCAGAAGCCACAGCAUCUUUACCAUUAAACUGAUACGUAUUGAUGGAUCUGAUGUCCAGGGAAUAUCAGAGCUUUCUCUGUGUGACCUGGCUGGUUCUGAGCGAUGUAACAAGACACAAACUUUUGGGGAGCGUCUGAAGGAGGCCGGAAACAUCAACAAUUCCCUACUGAUUUUGGGAAAGUGCCUUGCAGGGCUCCGUAACAACCAAGGUGACAGGGCAAAGAAUAGCUACGUUCCUUUUCGUGAAAGCAAGCUGACCCGCCUCUUCCAGGGAGUGUUUUGUGGUCGUGGUCGAGCCUCCAUGAUUGUGAACAUUAAUCAGUGUGCUUCAACUUAUGAUGAGACUCUCCAUGUCAUGAAAUUCUCUGCUGUGGCUAAAGAGGUGGUUCAGGUGAUCCAGCCUCGUUCUCUUGAGUCUCUAGCGCCACGCCUGCUUGGUCGAGAUGGAAAGCCUUUGCUGAACAAUGGAGUGCUUGACAGCCAGGCAGUGGAUGAGUACCUGUCUGAGGAGGAGCUGUUGGAUGGUGAUGAAGAGGCAGAUAUGUCGAUAUUACCCCAGGAGGAAUUGUUAAAUUUAGUGGAGAGUCUUCGAGCGAAACUGCUGGCUGAGCGCAAGAAAAAUCUGCUGCAGGAGAUUCAGAUCCGUAGAGAGAUGGGUGAUGUCAUGAUGCAGCAAAUCAUGGAGAUGGAAGAAUGCCAUAGUCGACAGAUGGCAGAUCUGAAGGAGAGUUAUGAGGAGAAAAUGGGCAGCACAUUUGAGAUGUAUAAAGAGGCGCUGAAGGAGCAUGCCUACCAGUGUGCCCUGGAACGGCUAGAAGAGGAAUAUGUCCCACUGGAUGAGUUCACUGCUGAGCAGGACCGAGCCAAGGAGCUUGAGAGGCGUGUGAAUGAAUUGGAACAAAAGCAACAAGGUUCUGCAUCAAUUCUUCAGCAGGAAAACUCAACACAGACUGACCUGGUGCAACCAAACACAGAGGAGAUGGAGUCUGAGCGAUUCAAGCUUCUCUACAAAGAGAAAUGUGCUGUGGAGCAGGUGUGCGCAGAAAAACAAGAGUUAAUUGUAUCACUCGAGAAACGGAUCAACGAGUUGAACGAGACUCUGCAGGAAGCAGGCGAGAGCUACAUGGAGAAACUUGCUGAGGUUCAGAGUUUACAAAACAGGCUCAACUAUCAGGAGCGAGAAACUGAGCAUUUACAGAGCGAGCUCACUGAAAGGGCGCUGGAGCUGCGUGGGUUGAAAGAGGAUCUGCUGAAGCUAACCCAUGAUUCUAUAGGACAAGCUCGCCCAAAGCGGGGACUGCUGGUGAACAUCAAAGAAUCCAUGUCAUCCCCAUCCUCAGGAAAUCUCUGCCGCACAAUCAGAAAAUCUGUCUGCAGUACAACAUCCAUGAGGAAAAAGCCUAACUGAUCAAGUCUGUGUGUGGUUAGGUUUGUGUCUAGUUUUUAUUGCACUGUCUGUUUAUUUGUAUAAUUUUUUUUUUUUUUUUACCUCAGUCUCAUU